AGUUUUAUUAGAUUUAAGUAGUUCUCUUAUAGUUAAAAACAAAAGGUUACAAUGUUAGGAAAUACCAGGGGAUCAAAAAUAAGCGAGUUUCGCUUUGAUGUUAAAAAUUGAAAUGUUUCUGCAGGGUCGCGUUAUAAUUGUUUGGUUAUCUUGGCUUAUCGGAGGGGUCUGCGGCGUUGUUAUUCUGUUAAUUAUUAUAUGUUACUGCCGCCUAAUGCCGCGUCAUCAGAAAUCUUUCGAUGAGCAAUAUCUCAAAGAGCAUUACACAAUAAAAGAAGGGCACGGCUACUCGGGCCAGGACAGCUACCGGCUCAAGCACGCCGAGGUCCAAGUGCAGCGGCACGCGCGCCCGGCCAGCUACGCGGGCGACGCCGAGUGCCGGCGCUCGCGCGAGCCGCGCGCGCAGACGCACUGCUACGUCAACCGCGUGCCCGACGCGCCGCGCGACCACGCCGUGCAGUACGCGUCCAGCGGCAUGCUGGACGAGGUGGAGGGCGCCGCCAGCAUCGACGCGCUGAAGACUCGCUCGCUGCCCGCCUUCCUGCGCCCCAAGCCGCGCCCGCUGUCCACUGAGGACGACCUGCAUCAACUGUACGCGAAGGUGAACCUCAGCAAGAAGUACAAGAACCGCAUGCGCAGUGAGCACGCGGCGAUCAUCGCACUUAGCAAAUCGCAAAGUCAGUUCUUCGACGCCGAUGCUGUCAUCGUGUACGACCAGCGCACUGCUCUAUAAAUAUGGAGGAGAAAAAGAUAAGGCGAAGAAACACUUUUUUAUACACUAAUUAACAAAGAAUACAGACAAGACAUGUAAAACUAAAAGCAAAGCACGAAAUUA